AUGGAUAGGGGAGAUGCUGUAAAUAGUGGAACAAUAGAUGAAGGGGGAGCAAAUUCUUUAGCAAUUAUUGCACAGAACGAGCAUGAGGUAGUGUACAGAUUUACAGGAAUAGUAGGGUGGGGGGAGGUGGGAAACCUACUAGACGAUGAUGCAGAGCCUGUGUUUGAUGAUAUGGCAGGAUUGGGAGAAAUUGAUGCAGACGACGAAAUGUGGCUGAGCGAGGAAAACUUGUACGUAGGGAGGUACGUCGACAGUAUAGAUUAA